UGCGCAUCUCCAUUGUUCUAGACACUAACCCGUCGAAUCUGACGAGGGACACCGCUGUCCCCAUCCAUCAAUCUGUUAUUACCGGUCAUCGGAGGGGCCUCCGUGAUUCCUUGGCGCGAAUCGUGAGGCAGCGUCGGAAUCAAGAUUGUUUCCGGGAGCAAGGAAGGGCCGACUGCCGAGCGGGACCAGUAGGAUGCCGCCACCUUGUCCGCUUGCUUGCUUCUCUCCCCAGAUCACCCUGGGUGUUUGGGAAUUCAGCUAUCCUAGUCCGGCCUCGCAAGCCGCCUCCUCGCCUUGCCUUGUCGUCUCGUCGCCGUUGCGGCGUUGCCUCUGCUCCGGCUCAGCUCAGCUGCUCCCUUGCUUGCUUCCUCCCGGCUCCUGCUCCCUUGCCCUCGCCGUGGCCUUUGCAUCGCAUCCUUGCCUUUCCUUCUUCCUCCCCUGUCCGCGGAGAAAGCCAGCAGGAUCUGUGCGGCGGCCAGGGGCAUACGCGACGCGCGCUAGUAUAACGCGCCUCGUGCCGUGAAAAGCUCGCGCCUUUUUCUCUCUGCCUCGGCGAGUCGGCUGGCUUCCGUUCCGCCCCCCUUUGUCCAGGACCCAGCGUCCAAGCGAUCGCCGCCGCCGCAUGCCGACCACGGCUUUGCGUUGAUUCGGUCUCCGGCGUCCCCGGAAGCAGCUCGAGGAUGGCGGAUCACUUCGCGCUGAUGACGGGCCGGCUGCUGACGGAGUCGACGCUCCGGUCCGCCAUUCACGAGUCGCUCGCCGACGCCGAGCCUUCCACGACGGCCGGCGACGACCGGGCCGAUCCCUCUGUCGUUUCUGAAGAUGUUCAGCUGGGCGUGGGCAAGGCCAAGAGUGGUGUCAUGGUGGAGUGCAGAAUCUGCCAAGAGGAAGGUGACGAGGCCUACAUGGAGACCCCCUGCUCCUGCAAGGGCAGCUUGAAGUACGCUCACCACAGAUGCGUCCAGCGGUGGUGUAACGAGAAGGGAGACACCAUAUGUGAGAUAUGCUUGCAGCAAUUGACACCAAACUACACUGCUCCUUUGAAGUUGCUUCGGAAUGGAAGGCACCUAAUAAAUUUCAGGGGAGCUGUAGAAAGACGAGAAAAUCACGGUGCUAGUUACGGUCACACCUCGGAUCAAGCUGAUAGCGCAUCAAGCUCUUAUUCUCAAAGUUCCAACACGAAAGGCGUCAUGUAUUGCCGAGUAUUUGCCAUUGCAUUGAUGACUUUGUUGGUGCUCCGUGACGUCAUCUUGCUUAUACUCCGUAGCCAUGAAGUGUGCUCAAUGGAGCUAAUCACUCUGCUGAUGUUCAGAACGGCUGGAAUUGUCAUACCUGUCUACAUCAGCUUGAUAUCAGUUACCACAUUGCUUCAUCGGUGCAAUCAGCAGCAGGCUGUGCACGAGACGCCGGUUUCAGAACCUCGUGGAGCAGGGGGUUUGCAGCCAAUGCCACCUCAACAGCAACAGCAUAUCAUCAACAUCCGGUAGGAAGCUGCACGGCGAUUCAUAGUCAGGCAGGCUCUGUAAAUAUCUGAGAAAAGUUUGAGCUUCAGGCUUAUCACUAUAGGAUUCGGAAGAUACAAAAUCAUUGCGAUUGACUGUGCGAUGGUUAAUAGUAGUAUCUGUGUACAAAAGGAUUCUAUGAUACAGCCACUCAACUUCACAAGUCACGAAGAUGAAGUUGGCUGGUGCCUGUAAUGUGAAACAAUGUAGGAAGAUUGAGUAAAAAAUGUACAUGCAUUCAUGACAAA